ACUCCCGGCUCGGGACAAGAUGGCGGCGGCGGCAGAGCGUGAGACUGAAGGUCCCGCCGCGGACCAGGCCCCGGCUCCGGCCCAGGCCCAGGCCCAGGCCCGGCUGCAGCUGGUGCUCGCCAGCAGGAAGAACGCGAACGCCGUGUUCGACAUCCUGGAGGGGCUGGAGGCUGAAGAGGAAGCUGAAAUCCUCACUGCUACUACAACCUGUGGCAAAUUAUUUUGCACCUUAUUGCAACAAGGAGAACUUUUCGUUGGCCAGUUGCCUGGAGAAGAGGAGUGUCUGGCAGCUGACUGUAGUGCCGAGGUGAAGUACAAGAUCUGGAUGAGACAUCGUUAUCAGAGUUGCAUCGACCAGUUGAUCGACCUGAUGAUGCAUGAAUCGGACCAGGUACAGGAAGUAGUGCUCUGCACGCUGAUGAAAUUCGUUCAGGCGGAAGGCAGAUGGCCUCUUGUCAGAUAUGAAGAUAAUGAGCGGUACAUCUUUCCCCAAGAGUUGUUAAAGUUACUUGUGGACAAUUUGCUUCAGAUUGAAAGAGAUACUUCAUCCCUACAGUCACGAUUUCAGGAGUACCUGGAGUAUGAGGAUGUGAGAUACUAUGUCAUGGUUUAUGCUGCUGAUAAUAUCUCAAGGAUAAUGCAGAGCUUGAAGAGGGAUUUGCUUCCAGUUUAUCAACAAAAUGCAUUUGGCCUUUUGUCCUCAAUUCACAUGCCGGCUGAGCAGAAAGAACUCUCAAACUUCCUUGUGAAACAGCAAAGUAAACACGCAGAAUGGAAGGCAGCAAGACUGAAGGAACACAGAAGAGUGUUUGAGCGUCUGUGGCUCGCAUUCCUUAAACACAAGCUAUCGACUAACCUUUAUAAGAAGGUGCUGGUGAUUUUGCACAAGUCCAUUUUGCCACACAUGAGCAAGCCGACCCUGAUGAUCGACUUUCUUACUGCUGCUUAUGAGAUAGGAGGAGCCAUUAGUCUACUUGCCUUAAAUGGACUCUUCUAUCUUAUUCAUCAUCAUAACCUAGAAUACCCAGACUUUUACAAAAAACUCUACAGUUUACUGGACCCGUCUGUGUUGCAUGUGAAGUACCGAGCACGAUUCUUCCACCUGCUUGAUUUGUUCUUGUCUUCAAGCCAUUUGCCAGCGUAUCUUGUGGCAGCUUUUAGCAAGCGUUUAUCUCGCCUGUCAUUAAACUCACCCCCUCAGGCCCUGCUGAUGGUUAUUCCGUUCAUCUGUAACCUAAUCCGUCGGCAUCCAUCUUGCAAGCUUCUUAUUCACAGACCUAAUGAAACUCAAGAUCUUUCUGCUGACCCAUACAUAAUGGAGGAGGAAGAUCCUGCAAAGUGCCGAGCCAUGGAGAGUUCUCUGUGGGAACUCCAGACUCUGCAGUAUCAUUACCAUCCUGAUGUUGCCAAUGAAGCAGCUAUAAUAAACAAAGCUUUGUCCAGCCAAGAGACUGACCUGUCCACACUCCUUGACCUUUCUGUUUCAGAGCUUUUUGAAAAAGAGCCAAACAGGAAAGUGAAAUCAGUUCCCUUGGAAUUCGAGCUGGCUGAAGGAUUACUGGGAAAGAGGAAUGAUCUGGUCAGGCACCACUGGACUUUGGAAUAACAGUUGCUACAGAGUGCAACAUACCUCAUUGCCUACGAGUAUGCAGCAGAUUUAUCUGUUUCUCUGUGGUUUUCAAACUCUGUUUCCAUGCUGUGAUAAUCAUUACAGUUAUAAAUUAAAGGACUUGGUAGUGAA